AGUGGGUUUGAAGGCACUGAUUGUGGGCAACGGCCACCUUUGGAUCCUUCGCCGUCGCGGGACCACACCCUCCUCCGUUCCUCCCUCCCUCGCUUGCCCUUCUCUGUUCAGUCGUCGCCUCCGCGCUGGGAAAUGACACCGUCCGUGCCCCUUCUUCAACUUCCUCGCACGAGGAAACAGAGGACGAUUGCACCAACACUCUGAUCGCCUCCACCGUCAUUGCGGUAGCACAAGUCCUUCGGAGAGGUGGUUUCCGAAAUUUGAUUAUCUCACCGCGAGCUUGGAGAUUCAAGAGGGGGUCUGAUCGGGUGUGCUGAUGGGUGCUGCUUGGGCGGUUUCGGUUUCGGGACUUGCAAAAGUGAAGAUUUUGGGGCAGUGGUUUUUACAGAAGUGCUGGACUGAAUGGUAUCUUAGGUUUUGCUAGCUGAGGAGCUGGUUUUUUCUUGGACAUGGAUCGAAGGAUUUCGCUUCAGACGUGUUUUGGAUCCUUGUCAUUUCUAUCAUGUGCCGUAAAUGGAAGUUCUUUGUAGUCGGAGGCAUGACAUGCUUUGAGCUCUUGAGACACUCAAAUCAGUUGUGGAGCCUUUGAUUCUCUCAACAACUGAUGCAUUCCCAACAAGUCUCAGGGGAUAGGACCCUGGUCAUGGGUCCGAAACGAGAUGGUCCGAAUUGGGUGAUGAUUGCUGGAGGUGCCAUCGUCAUGGCGGUGGGAAUCGUAAUCGGACGCAAGCAGAUCCAGUGCCAACGCGAUCAAUUCAGAGGCCGUUCUUCAAAUCUUUUGAAAGCAGAAAUUUCAACUUUCGUAGAUCCCAAAGUGACUUCAAGUAAAGGAACACCUGGUUCUCGCGGCGUAGACUAUGAGUUUGACGCUCCUCGUGUGAAGGAGCUAUUCGACGACAAUUUCUCACCUGAUGGCACUGGCUCCAAGCUCUCUUGGAAGGCACCUCGAGUGAUGGCUCAUUGGGAUGGUUCAGGGACUCCCGCUUCGUUUCAACCUCAGGUUGACUUUUACAGCUCUAAACCAAAGCGAACUUUACCAAAUAAAUCCUCUCUUCCAGCAUUCAAAAUGUGUCGCCAGAUGAAAGAUGAGACUAGUAGUGGAGAAGAACCCCCAUCAGACACAUACUCCUCCUCGGCCUUGAGGGCUGGUCUUGCAUCCAAACGUGAAAUGGUGAUACGGUUGAGGAAACAAUUGAGGAGCAGAGAUACGAUUAUUUUUGACUUGCAGGGUCAAAUUUCAGAUCAAGAUCAAGUUAUAGCAAUGCAUCGUGCUCAAACUGCGGACCUGCAAGAGCGCCUGGAUUCUACUAAUACGGAAAUAUUUAAUACAAACCUUGAGAUGCAGAGGUUACGUAAAGAAAUGAGGAUGAUAGUUGCAAAACCUGUCUUCGAUAUUGAAGAUCUCAAUGAAAGUGAUAUUUCUGACCACAAGAAGCAGCUCACAAACACUAAUUUGAAAGCUGUAUUGCUUGAAACAAACAUGCUGAAAGAAAAGAUUAUACGUUUGCAAAUUAAGAAACAAGACUUGAAGUCUCAAGUCCAAGCGUUUUCGCGAGAAUGUGAGUUGCUUUUUCGAAAAGUCUCGGCAUUAGAUGCUGAGAGAGAGGAGUUAAAGAAAUUAAUAAAUGAAAAGGGACUCAUGCUUGAAGCUAAGGAACAAGAGUGGAUCGAGCUUACUGCCGCAUUUGUCAACCUCCAGCGCAACUCGCACCCUGAAAACAGAGACAGUGACUGGACAAGAAUUAGCGACGUCAGCAGGGCAUCGGAUACUCGAAGUGAGAAUUCUAGGGGCACUUGGAGUGAUGCCUUUGACCAGCCUGUAAGUUGCAACACCUCUGAUGACUAUUGCCCACGGUCUCCAAAUAUUAUUGAUAGCGACAACCAACUUGCUGGGGAUUGUGUGCGAUCGUACAAUACGCUGUUCAGGCAAAGUCCUAGUCCAUUACACAGCGAUGGGAGUGUCUCUAAACCAGGAUCAAGGACUAAUCUUACGGGAUGUACGUGCAAGAGUAUGUGUGAUGGAAGUCCGAAUUAUGAUGGACCAGAUUGUGACAACGAUGAGACUCCUAGUCUAAGUCUGGUGUGGACUCUGCAGCAAGAAGUGUAUCAGCUUUCAGAUGCACUGGCUAGCAAGUCUAAAGCUGUGUCUCAGAAGAAGCUGGAGACAAGCCGUGUUUUGACUGAAUUUCAGGCAACUCAAGCAACUUCUAUUUCCAGACCAGAUGAGUAUGAUUGGGAAUACCUUUCACAGGUCCUCUGUUUCUCGCCUGAUGGCACGUCAACAGAACAGCUACAAGGAUUGAGCCACAAGCUCGAGAAAGUGGCUAAACAGCAACAAGUGGAGGAUGAACUUGAAGCUCUUGCUAGACAUCAAUCUAAAAUUAGAGCAUUAAGGUCACGCUUGAGUAAACUUAAUGCAAAGAGUAACGCCAAAAUGGACGAGUCAUCCAACGAAUCGGCUCUUCGGGUGGCUUGGAUGAUUUCAGACGUUGCUGAAAGAUUGAAUGUUCAGGAAGAACGAGUGCGAGAGACAUCUAUGGACAUUCAACAAUUGUCCAUGUCACUUCAACUUUCAUCACCUUACGUUCCUCGCUCCAAGAAGCAAGAAUUACGAAGGAUGCUUCAGGGAUGUGGUAAACAUGCUGAUGGUUCUAUCCGCAAUUGUGUGGUUCACAAAGACAUUCCUGUAUCACCUGGUCCUUCUGCUGACUCUAGUUAUGUUGCACCGGAGCCAAAAUCAGACAACUACUCCUCCCGGUUUUUUGAUCGUCAAAUUUCGUUCUCAUCUUUACCUCACAAGGAAGAUGCGCUUAUGCUAUCUCCAGAAAAACUUCCAGAUAAGGUGUAUGAAUUCCAAGUAGGAGCUUUCGAUCCACUUCCUACUAUCAAAACACGCAAGUCUGGGAAUCUUGGGGCUGCAAAUAGCUCACUACGAAAGUCCGCAAUUCAUCAAGGUCCCGGAACUGGGUUGAAAUGGGAUGCUGGCAUGGAGAAGCCCAUUGUACAGAAAAGUACUCGAAGGGUUUGUUUUAGCCCUGAAGAAGUGACAGGCGGCUUUUCUUUUCGUCCUUCGGCAUCUAAAGCUCUUUUAAGUCCCGAUAGCGUUAGACGUACCAAUUUUGAGGCGGAUGAUAGCGUUACGAACUCAGAGCAUUUCCAGUUCCGACCGGAAAUCCACGAAGCUUCGGAUCAGGAAACGAGCACUGAAGUUGGUGCUCAGCAUGAUUAUUCUAGCAGUUGCACACACGCCUCGUCUCAUUCUCAACCGACUAUCUCAUGGUCUGCUUCUGUAGGCCCUGAAAAUAGAGAUAACUUGAGAAGGCUUUUUUUUAAACCUGAAAAUUCUUCACACACAGGGAACUCAUCAAACACAGUACCCGAUCGUAAGAAAGAUGCAGCAAAUGAGCUGGGAGAUUCCUAUAAUACCGAAAGGGAUUAUGGAUAUGUUACUGACGAUGGAAACAUUGAAGUGCAAACUAAAAGGCCAACCGAUGAGGAUUCUCCGUCUGUUUUGGUUGCAAGUUCCAACAGUGCAAUGCUUAAGCAAGACAUGCAUUCUGGACCUGGGCCUGUGGGGAUGUCACCAUUUGCAGCUAGAAUGGCGUGUUUCGACAUGAAAAGGUCAAGCUCUUCACUCACCGCUUCACAGGGCAACGAAGGGGCUAACCAGGGGGUUUCUUUACCGUCCCGUGAUGAGGACGCAGAUGACUUGGCUUCAUAUAUUGACUUGAAGCUAAAUGUUGGAAAAGAAAAUCUAAGAUCGAAUGGACUCUUUCAAUUUGGAAGUCAAUCUGUAUCUCGCAUGAUUUCAAGCAAGGACAACUGGGAGGAGAGUCAAGCUAUGUCAGGAAAAGAUAUAUUCCGCUGUGAUCGAAGACGAUGGAACUCCUCUCAAGAUUCUUGUCGCUGAUUUACCGAGCUAAGUGGGAAAGUUUCUCUGAUGAUUGGUGAUUACUCAGUUCUUUUUGAUGUGUUGUAGGUGAUGCUAUACCCUCAAGACCUCAAGACUGUCAACAAGCAAAAUCUCAUUGCUUUGAAGCUCUAGACAGCUUCCUAGUGAGCAUUCACAUUUCGAACUGUGUCCAAUGUUUGAGACUGGUUGUCUAAGAAGUAAAGACUGGGAGGUUUCGUAUAUCUGUACCUAUAUAUAUGUAGAAUAAUUCACAAGUUCUUAAUUUAUUGCACGAAAAAAUAGAUUCUUCGUUUUCAAAAUUAUAUUUAGCUGUGAUGUAAAGCAUGUUAAUGUAACAUUAAAAUUACAUUCAAUAAGUUGAUGAACAAUGGACUUAAACUUGAGGCUUGGGUUUACAAAACCAGGCUAUGUUUCAGUCAUAAAUUAUUACUUAAGGAGUGUUUAUUUCUUAAA